AUGGACACGGAUCUCUUUUACUUACUCGUCCUAUUGCCCUUGGCACACGGCCAACAAGGAGCUGAAAUAAGCACGAAUUCCACGUUACACCCGCUGCAGUACUGCAUCGAAAUAGAGGGAUCCAUUCGGACAGCCGCCGAGAGCGAUGCGGAAGUUGCGAGGAAAAUUUCUGCAAUUGUCAAUGAACUGCUCACCAGCCAGAAUAAGAGAGAACUGGAAAAUUCUGGAGCCAGCAGCAAUGCUAGAGUAGAGAUUGUAAGGCGUGUUGAUCGUAGGAAUGCAACGAUUAUCCGCUUCAUCGUUCUCAGAAACGAGAAACCGCUUGCAGAAGACACAAUAGCUGUGAGUUUCAUGUUUUCAAGUUUUACUAUGAAUUCUUUGAAGUAUUUUGUAGCUCAGGACAUCGCAGAUGAGGAACGGCCCUCGCCUUGGUGGAUCAUAGCGGUCGUUAUUGGUUCGGGCGUGCUGAUUUUGUGCGUCGGCUGGUGUCUCCUAUUUAUCUACUUGAAUCUGUGCGGAGCUCAACGGACAUUAUAUGAGAUCUCGAAGACCGUGUACCAAAGUGACGAUGCGACUCAGUGCGACUUUCCGCCCUUGAAACCGCAGGAAAAUACGAGUUAUAGCUAUGAGAAGCAACAGAGACAGAACGAUAAGGAAAGAGAAUUGGAGGAGACAGUGCUGGCCACCGCGUCUACGGCACAUGCAGAACCGCCGAGCUUGGUAUCUGUCCUGAAUGAUGAGCUUGAUGUUGACAGCGGAGACAAUCAACACGUGCCUUUGUCCCCUGAUAGUCGAAUGGAUAGCGCAGAGAAGAACUUAAGAGAUGCUAUUGAACAUGAGGACACAAAGGACGAGAUACUCUAUUCGGUUAUUGAUCAAUACGGGAGUGAUAAAGAUGCGACAAGAUGGCAGGAAAGUGACAUUCGAAUUGAGAGGCAGCCGCAACAUCGCGUUUCGCGACCGAAAGCUGCGGCAAGACCUCGGAAAAAGGGGAAUAUCGAUAAAUCCAAGGCUCCUUAUAGCGAUCCUAGGAACAUUUUGCACCUCGAUGACACAGUCGACCCUGUUUCGACAGUUUUCUCUAUAGAUGCGAUUACGUUCCGACAUCCACGACCAAGAAGUCCGACAGAAAAUGGUGUACUACAAACAAAUUUGGGUCGCCUAUCUGAUAACACAUUGUCAGUGCUAUAA